AAUAGGCCGCCCUUCAGUGUAUACUACUGACAUUGUAGUCAGUAGUAUAUAUUGUAACCUAAAUACCUAGCUAGCUACAGUGAGCUAGAACACAAGACGUAGCUAGCUAGAUUCAUCAGCCGACUGCUACACAUAGCUACUGCUAAGUUACAGUGAUACCGCCACGUCUUCUUAACCUCCAACUGGGCUACUGAGUGACCCUUUACAAUGGCCGCUACAAGAAAACGAACGCGAUCAGGCAUCGGAGAUGUGAGAGACAGAAAAGCAAAGGUUAUUAAAACCAGCGGUGAGAAGAGACACAUCGCAGCCCUGAUCCUGGCGAGGGGAGGCAGUAAGGGGAUCCCCCUGAAGAAUAUCAAAAUGCUCGCCGGUGUCCCCCUCAUCGGAUGGGUUCUGAGAGCUGCAGUGGACUCCAAACAGUUUGACAGUGUGUGGGUAUCAACUGACCAUGAUGACAUUGAGAAGGUAGCCAAGGCAUGGGGAGCUCAGGUUCACCGCAGGAGCCCAGAGGUGUCCAAAGACUCCUCCAGCUCUCUUGACACCAUCCAGGAAUUCGCCCGAUUAAACCCAGAGGUGGAGGUGAUCUGUCACAUCCAGGCCACGUCUCCCUGCCUGCACCCCUUCCACCUGAAGGAGGCCCUGGAGAUGAUCACCAAGCAGGGCUUCACGUCCGUCUUCUCCGUGGUCCGACGACACCACUUCCGCUGGCAGGAGGUGAAGAAAGGAGGUAGUGUAGCCACCCAGCCUCUCAACCUGGAUCCAUCCAACAGGCCCCGGAGACAGGACUGGGAUGGAGAGCUGUGUGAGAACGGAUCUUUCUAUUUUUCCACCAGAGCCCUUAUAGAGGAAGGUGUUUUGCAGGGGGGGAAGUGGGCUUACUAUGAGAUGCUGCCAGAGUACAGUGUGGAUAUUGAUGUGGAUAUCGACUGGCCCGUGGCAGAACAGAGAGUACUGAGGUUUGGUUACUUUGGCCUGGACAAGCCUGAGGUGGUGCGUCUGCUGCUGUGUAACGUCUCCGGCUGUCUGACUGACGGCCGCGUCCUCAUCUCUGUCUCUGGAGAGGAGAUGGUCUCAGUCAACACCAGAGAUACUAUGGGUAUCCGCAUGCUGCAGAGAGAGGGAGUGGAGGUGAUCCUGAUCUCGUCCGGUGAGGACCCUGUGACCAAGGCCCUGGCUGACAAUCUAUCCCAGAGGACAGGCUGCGAGGUCAGGCAGCUGGGCAAGGACAUCCAGGGUGAGGUCAAAGCCAUGAUGGAUGACAAGGAUCUGGACUGGAAGGAGGUUGCCUAUAUGGGUAAUGAUGCACCAGAUGUUGACUGUCUGAACCUGGCUGGGCUGAGUGCAGUACCCCGGGACGCCCCAGUGGUGGCGAUCAACGCUGCUAAAUACUCCUGCCACAGUGCUGCAGGCCUGGGGGCUGUGAGGGAGUUUUCUGAACACAUCCUGCUGCUCAAGAAGAAGGCCAAGUCUCAGAUGGAACAGGACCGCAUCCACAGAAAUACAUUCUAAACUCUAGAAUGUAUUCUAAAGUCACAGAAAUACAUUCUAAACUCUAGAAUGUGUUCUAAAGUCACAGAAAUACAUUCUAAACUCUAGAAUGUGUUCUAAAGUCACAGAGAUCCAUUCUAAACUCUAGAAUGUGUUCUAAAGUCACAGAGAUCCAUUCUAAACUCUAGAAUGUGUUCUAAAUUAGGGAUAGGCAUUAGAAAUAAUAUCAUGACAUUUUAUCGGAUAUCCAGAUAGUUUGAAUCAUGGACACUUGUUUGCUGCGCAGCCUGCAGGACUCGGGAGAUACUGUGGGGACAGGGACCAGGGGUGUGCGACAAAGGAGGGAGAGACAAAGUAGCCACUGACUCGCGCUAGUUAGACACUUGUAAAUGCCAUAGGUUAUCUAUCAUCCAAUAUGGCAGUGCAUGUCUUUACUGAACAACCCUGUUCAGAGUAAACAGCCUAUACUGAAGGUUGCUCAUUGUAGGCUACUCCUCAUUUAGUUUACUUAAUUCUGUCAUUUUAAUUCAACUUUUCUUUCAUUGCUUAGAGAUCUCCCACUUCACGUUGCUACACAUGGAGCCUCUGACUGUAGUGUCAACAACAGCAAGCUAAGUGAAACCUGUGUAGGCUAAUACCGUAUGUAUUUUUUAAACUAUAUUCACAUUUGUGACGUUUUAUUAAAUGAAGAAUUCCAAAUGUCAUGAGUGUAGAAAUGUCCCAUAGAUUAUUUUAUUCCGUUAAGAUGAAGCCUUGUCAUUGUUGAAGUAGGCCUGUGUUUACGAAUACUAAUGUCUGUUUCAAUAACUGCCCAUUGCUAGUUUCUACAGGUUGUCAGAUCAAGGUAGUUUGGGUUUUAUAUCGCUACAGGUUGUGUUGACAAAAAUGAAUGUCUUUAUUUUAAAUGAAGUAGUAUACAGGAGGCCUUUCAUUUACUUGAGAUUGAUUGUUUUUCUCUCUACUUUUUAAUGUUCUGUCUUAAUUUUGGGGGGAAAGUAUUAGGACAUUAACAUGGAGUUGCACUGAGAUUCUUGUUGUUUGGGGUGUUUACUUUUGUAUUUUGCCUGCAAUUUGUUUGUCAAAUGAUAUAUGAUCAUAAACGUAAGAAACACUU